UUUCACACCAAUCCCCCAACAUGCCGACCGACACGGAAACCACCAUCCCUGAGCCCAGCGAAACUCUACUGAUUCAAAUGUGCGAGCGUGCACCCCUGAUCGCUGGUUCAUCUUUCGGUAAUCGAACCGUCCGGCUUUCUGAUACUCUUGUUGCAAAGUAUGGCAUGGGCGUUUGGAUUGAGGAGGCAAGAAAUCAGGAGUAUGCUCACGCCCACGUCGAUAGAUCAAUACUGCACGUUCCAAGAGUUCUGCGCUAUUUUGAGGAUAGCUCACAAGGUUCAAGAGUUGGGUAUUUAAUCAUGGAGUACGUUCACGGUACACCUCUCAAUUCCAUGGAAAUAAAUGUCCCUACUAUGACGACUGUUGCGAAAGCCAUUAAUCAUCUCUCUACCAUACCAGUUCCAGAAAGUCAGGGCCCUGGUCCUAUUGGGCAAGGUGUGGCUCGGGGCUAUUUAUGGCCGCCAGAAGGUGUAAUCUUUACCGCCUUCGAAGACAUGGAAGCAUGGUUGAAUAGCCGAUUAGCUGUGGUCUGCGAAGAACGACUUAACUUGUCUUGCCCUCUUGCCAUGCGCCGCAUGGAUCUGGUCCGUCGAAAUAUCAUCCUCAAGGCGGACAUGUCGGUAUGUUUUCUGGACUGGGCCUUUGCUGGAUUCUACCCAGAGCUAUUUGAGAUACGAUAUCUUCGAGACCUUCUUCCUGAGGACCCUAUCUGGUCGGAAUUCCUACUGAACCAUAUACACCAUCCUACACCGGAUGAGGAGCAAGCUUUAGCACUGCUAGCCGUCCCCGCGGCGGUGAACGAGCGCUAUUUCUUCGGGACAUAACUUAGCUGGCACUUCGGCAGCCGCCGCGCUGUCAGGGCCAUGGGCCGCAUUGGGCACUACACGUCGUCUUUGCAUGGCUGCUAGCCGACCAAAUAGGCAUCGGCGCUGCUACGUUCGGCGCAAGGCGAGCUAUAUGCAAAGCUCACGUCCAUCCGCUUUGAGCCGAUGGUAAGCGUCGGCGGCGGAGGCCAGAGCGCGGAGGCCCGUCGUAGGAGAUAUCGAGAUCGGCGAGCCGGGGGGCAACAGCUGGCUGGUGGUGGACCAAGACGAUCGACGUCGCGAAGAAUUCGG